AUGCUGCCACACCUCUUCUUGGUCAUCAUUGCCUUUGCGGCAUAUGUCGUUCAAUCCGUCGACAUCGCUCUCCCCAGAGAGCUUCGCCGAAAUGACAUAACCUACCACUGCCCAGCCGUUGAUCAAUGGUUCAAAGCGAGCAGAUUCUGGAUUCAAACCAGCACCAUCACUGGGUGUAUGACCCUCGAACUCAAUGCCAGCAAUAUCUACGCCCUCAAUACAAUUGUGAAACCAAACCCCAGGGGUCACGACUAUCCAAAUCUUGUUUGCAGCCUAAGCCUCAACAAAUGUGAUUGGACUUACAGUCCACUGGAUGCUAUCUCGAGUGAUGUGUCGUGCCGAUCUUCACCAAGCAAGGUUUCGAAGGCUUAUGGACAUCAACAAGGCAAUAAAAAUUGUGGUGGUGGUGACGAUGACAAUCCAAGCAAGGACAGCGGUAACACCGGUUCUGGCGAGGUGCAUGCGUUGAAGGUAGGCGAAGGCAAAUGA